CCUUUAAAUGCUGGCUUGAGUUAUAAUCACAGAAGGUGAAUCUCGUGUGUUUUAACUUUGUGUGUUAGGAAGGGGGAAAGGAGUGAAGGAAGCAGCGGGGAAGGAAAGGAGACAAGGACGCCACUCGAAGUGUUGGGUCGCGGCCUGCUGUAUUCCUUCGACUCUGUUCACCUCCAUUCACACAGUAAAUAAAAGCAUGGAGGCUCUGACUCUCGGGAUCUAACACCGAGCAGCGGGGGGUAAAGACACCGCCGCAUGCGCUCUCCCUUUCACCAAAACACACAGGAAGGAAGCGGGACAGCGCCGAACGCUCCGUCACUUGGAUUCAAGUCAUUUUACGGGGAAGAGAGGAUUGUAGCUGGCGACAGGAGCGGGGGGCAGCCCGCCGUGCUGAGCAUGAAGCGGGCGGCUGUAGUGGCCAGGCACAAUGGCCUCGUCUCUCCGCUGGGGAACAACAACUCCGGGGCUUCGAGCAUCGUCUCGCCGCCCCAGACGAGAGCCACCAGUAUCUCCGCUUCUGCCGACACUGGCACCGGCGUCGGGAUGGACGGCCUGCUGGAUUUCUCCAAAGGCCCCACCGUCAAAACCGAGCUGGUCUGCAAAUGGAUUGACCGAACUUCUUCGAGACAGAGGCUUGGGCGGACGGCGACAUCCGUCUGCGACCAAACUUUCAGCUCCAUGCACGAGCUGGUGGACCACGUCACCACCGAGCAUGUAGCAGCGGGGCUCGAGACCCUCAGUCAUGUCUGCAUGUGGGACGAGUGUAUGCGCGGCGGGAAGGCGUUCAAAGCCAAAUACAAACUCAUCAACCACAUUCGCGUGCACACCGGGGAGAAGCCGUUUUCAUGCGCAUUUCCCAACUGCGGCAAGAUGUUCGCACGCUCCGAGAACCUGAAGAUCCACACGCGCACGCACACGGGCGAGAAGCCGUUCCAGUGUGAGUUUUGCGAGCGACGCUUUGCCAACAGCAGCGACCGGAAGAAGCACUCGCAGGUCCACACGGCCUCCAAGCCCUAUGACUGCAAGGCCAUGGGCUGCACCAAGUCCUACACCCACCCCAGCUCCCUACGCAAACACAUGAAGGUUCACGUCAAGUCGUCACCUACCUCCGAACCCCAGGACGCGUACGACUCCAUCCCUCAUCAACUCCAACAACCUCAUCAGGGUCUCAUCGAGCCCCUCGACCUUAAAAUUAACCGCCUCUCUCCAUCACUUGCCAACAAAAACGCUCACUUUCCUCUUCUGUCCAAUCACGAACUGGACAUCAGCUCGGCCAGCGAUGUGGGCCAUAAGUUGCUGCUGCGGAGUUCUUCUCCAAUGACGAUGCCUCUGGAUCUCUCUCUGUCAGGCCUGAAGAGUCAGCUGGCUCAGAAACAGCAGAGCGGCAGGACCCAACGGAGGAGCCAGCGCUCAGUCAACCCAGCCUUACCUCAGUUGUCUAACAUUAAAGAGUGGUAUGUCUGUACCAGGACUACAGCACCACACUUCCCUCUACUUCACCCGGACCACAUCAAAUCAGAACCUAGUGAUGACGAGGAGUAUGUCACGUAGGAUGAAGGGACUGGUGCAUUCGGACAUGAAGAACAGACGUCAUAUACUGUCAGAGCCGUGUCAGGCCAGAGGAUGCUCCGUGGAAUCAUAAUUGCUGUAAUUUUCCAGAACCAGCAGUUGGAUGGUUCAACAUUAGUGGCCCUUCUAAGAUGGAGAAAGGCUGUGAUCAUAUUGGAGGUUUUACUCCGUCUCAUUCAAAACUCAGCUUGGACAUCGUCACUAUCUGUGGACCAAAAGCAGUGUUGCCAGAAGGAAUGUUUGGCAUAAAACUGCAGUGUUAGCUACCUAACCUGAACUAACAGAGGGGAUAACGUUGUACAAAUGGACCAGGGAAUGUUGGUGACUGCUCUGCCUGCUGUUAAAGAAUAUGAAAAGAGUGUGUGUGUACAUGAUGACCUCUGUAGAGAGACAGAUUAUUGACCAGUUUAUCUAAGAGCUCCACCUAGAUGAAGCAAUUUCAAGGGCUAAAUUGACACUGAUGGAAAGCAGUUAAUGUCAACCUGAGCUCACGGUAGCACUGUCCACAUGGUAACAGAGGAGGUCCAAAACAGCAGCCACAUAUAAGGUGGAGGCAAGUGUGGGCCUGUUAAGGCCUCAGUAUGCUUUAAACCAGGGAUACUCAAGUCAGCUUUGCUCGGGGGGCCACUUUUGAUCAUUUAUAAUGAAUAAACAUCAGGAUGGUUGAUGUGGCAGAAUAAGACGACGGCUUCAAAGUUCUUCUCUUUUCUUCUUUUGCCAUGCUGUCAGGCAGGAAUGCUGCACUGAAGCUAGCAUGUUUUGACAUGUGGCGGUGCCUGAUAUUAGUAACCCUGCAUACAUAAAUUGUCAUUUAGGAUUCAUGAGGUGAUAAAAUGAAGGCAAAUUCAUCUGUCCAUUGUUCAUUGAAUUGCCUGUUUUGAUUGUCAACCUUUUGUCCUCGUUCUUAUUCGUCAAGAGACAAAUCCAGUGGCAGCAGGUCGGGGUGUAUGUGAACGUUUGUCAUUUAGACACGCUCACAACUUCAAGCACCAGCCAAGGCUCAUUAUUGAUCAUUUACUAAUUGAUAUCAGCAAACAAAUGUUCAUAAUUUAUUGUGACAUGGAAAAAGGUCAGCAGGCCACCUGGCACCGUAAUGCAGGCCUUAAAGUGAGUAUCACUGCUUUUAAACAAGCUGGUUCGUACAAUGUCAGAAAGUUCUAAAAAAUUGUUGGAAGCAGCUUAUUCCAUCGUCCAGAAGGGUUCUUAAUAUCUGACACGCACUUUGUUUGAAGCAAACUGAGGCCUUCACUAACAAACCAUUAGUAGUAACUUGUUCAGAAGUGUUUCAUGUGAUCACGGUCCAAUCCAACACAGCAGCCAGCAGUGAAGCUGCAGUUUGGACUCUGGUGGGACUGAUGUUGCUUUGUACUGAUCAUCAAGUGUUUCCUUAACCUCAUCAACUCUGCGGACCUUUCAGUGGGUUAAUCACCUGCAUCUGUUUACACUCCAUUUGUCAAGACCCUAAGGUUACUGAAAUGACCAUGUAUGUCAUACCCAUAUUCCUUUAACAUGAAAAUGUGUAUUAAAUGAAGACAUCUGGUA